AUACAUCAUGUCAUCAUCACAUUCUCUUUUCGUCAGUUGAAUCUCUACGCACACCACAACUACACAAGCCCAUACAUUUGAUCACAAACACCCAACCCCACCAUCUUUAUUCUUUAUUACACAUACACUUGUACUCAUUACAAUCAGACCAAAACAGAAACCCACCCCCUUCCAAAAAUGUCACAACUAAACAUGGGUUUUUUCUUGUUCAUCAUUCUAUUCAUCACUACAGUUAAAUGUUCAUCUUCAGACCCGAUUUUGCAGCAAGAAUUAGACAAGGUGUUGAGUUUACCAGGUCAAAGCUUUGAUGUUGAGUUUGCUCAGUACUCAGGGUAUGUUACGGUCAAUGAGAAGUCAGGGAGAGCUUUGUUUUAUUGGUUGACUGAAGCUGUGGAUGAUCCGGCUGACAAGCCUCUUGUUCUCUGGCUCAACGGAGGACCUGGGUGUUCAUCGAUUGCUUUUGGCAUGGCUGAGGAAAUUGGGCCUUUCCAUGUUAAUAAAGAUGGGAAGACUCUCUAUUCCAAUCCAUUCUCUUGGAAUCAAGUUGCUAAUCUACUAUUUCUUGACUCCCCUGUUGGCGUUGGUUAUUCAUAUUCAAACACCUCUUCUGAUCAUCUAAAUAAUGGAGAUAAAAGAACUGCUGAAGAUUCACUGCAGUUUCUACUGAAUUGGUUGGAGCGUUUUCCUCAGUAUAAAGGAAGGGACUUUUACAUCACAGGGGAGAGCUAUGCAGGCCAUUAUGUUCCGCAACUGAGCCAAGCAAUAGUAAAGCAUAACUUGGAGAAAAAAGCCAAGGCGAUCAAUUUAAGGGGUUACAUGGUUGGAAAUGCUUUGACUGAUGACUUUCAUGACCACUUGGGACUUUUCCAAUUUAUGUGGUCAGCAGGUUUGAUUUCUGAUCAAAGCUACAAGAAGCUGAACCUUUUUUGUGACUUCCAGUCUUUUGUUCACACAUCAGAGCAGUGUGACAAGGUUUUGGACAUUGCUGAGAAAGAAUUUGGUAAUAUCGAUCCUUAUAGCAUCUUCACUCCUUCUUGCACCGGUAAUUUUAGCGAAUCAAAUGGGAAAUUGAGAAGACGGCAUAAAUUUGGUCACAUUGGCCAGAAGUAUGAUCCUUGCACUGAGAAGCACUCUACUGUAUAUUUCAAUCUACCCGAGGUUCAGAAAGCUCUUCAUGUUCAUCAAAGAACUUCCCCAUUUACAUGGCAAACAUGCAGUGAUGAGGUCGGUCUUCAUUGGAAGGAUUCUCCAAAGUCAAUGCUGGAUGUUUAUCACGAGCUCAUACGUUCUGGACUGCGUAUAUGGGUCUUCAGUGGUGAUACAGAUGCUGUGAUACCAGUAACAUCUACACGAUACACCAUAGAUGCUCUCAAACUUCCAACUGUGACUCCAUGGCAUGCUUGGUACGAUGAUGAAGGACAGGUAGGAGGAUGGUCCCAAGUCUAUGAAGGGCUAAAUUUCGUUACAGUAAGAGGGGCAGGACAUGAAGUACCUCUACAUAAGCCCAAAUUAGCUCUCAUGCUCAUCAAGUCCUUCCUCUCAGGAGUUUCGAUGCCAAAGUUGAAGCUAGUUACUGACACUUGAAACGUUUCUUUCUUCGUUCUUGAGGAUUGAGGUGUUUAUUAUUAACAGAGACUACUAUUUAUGUAUCAGAAGUCAAAUGAUAUAGUAUACUUCAGAUACUUUUUUACAAACAGAGGAAAAGUAUGGUUGCAUGUUUAGAAUUCCACUUGCUGAUUCUUGUAAUUUGUAUCUUCAGGUGUAAUGCUCCAUCUAGCUACUUCAUUUGGAGAUAUAAUAUAAAAGGAUAUCAAUAAAACUAUACUCUAUUAAUAAACACAUUUAUAUAUUGUCCUGGCUAUA